UCUCAGGGUGUGUGAGAGAGCACAGCGCAGGAUCUUCCUUGAGGUCCGUCCGCGCCACCAUGGCCACCUACACUGCGUACAGCGGCUACAGCGGCUACAAAAUGCCGCCCCAGUCUUACGCCGGAUCCUACUACGAUGAAAAGCAGGCGCCGCAGUACGACGACUACACGGACUCGGUGUACGAGGAAAAAAAACGGCUGGAGAAGAAGAAACGGCGGGAGGCCAUCUGCUGCGAGGUCGUGGCCCUGGUCAUCGGUUUCAUCGGACUGAUCGGCGUGGCGGCCGUGACGGGCCUGCCCAUGUGGAAGGUGACGGCCUUCAUCGAGGAGAACAUCAUCGUGAUGGAGACCCGCUGGGAGGGCUUGUGGAUGAACUGCUACAGACAGGCCAACAUCAGGAUGCAGUGCAAGGUGUAUGACUCCCUGCUGUUCCUGCCGCCGGACCUCCAGGCGGCGCGAGGUUUGAUGUGCGCCUCCGUGGCUCUGUCCUGCUUCGCCCUCAUCGUGUCCGCGGUGGGGAUGAAGUGCACCAAAGUGGUGGACCACCGGGCUCGGACCAAGCACGUGGUGCUGGUGGCCGGCGGCUGCCUCUUUCUGUUGGGCUGCGUCACCACUCUGAUUCCCGUCUCCUGGACCGGACACGUCAUCAUCCGGGAUUUCUACAACCCCCUGCUGAUCGACGCCCAGCGCAGAGAGCUGGGUGAGGCUCUGUACAUCGGCUGGGUGACCUCUGCCUUCCUCUUCACCGCCGGCGUCAUCCUGCUGUGCCGACAUGCCCCUCGCACCCAGGAUCCAGAGGAGCGGGUGAUAUACCAGCCCAACGGAGUCCCCAUGUACCAGCCCGCCUACACUUACCGGCCCUACACCGCUCAGCCUGCCUACACCUACCAGCCUUCCUACUCCGCUCCGCCGGCCGGAUCCGUGGCCUACACACCCAGCCAGUACUAACCUGACCGGAGACUGUUUCAGACUGUAUCCUUCCUGAUUUGCCAGAUAAGGUGCACUUGAGUGAAGUGAAAUCUUAUUUCGUGAGACUGAAGUAAUGCCUAAACUUACCAGCGUUAUUUCAACACCCAUAUUUUUUAUUAACCCUUUCCUGGAUUUUUGAAAUAGGUUCCGAAAAACAUAAACACCACUGCGCUACAAAGGUGUCUCUGUGAUGAUCAAACGUGUGCUUUGAUGCUCUUUUCGUAUGCACUAGGCUUAUUUUUUUUCAACGUUCGUUGGCUGUUUUUUGUUGAAAUGUAUUUGCACAUCUUUCUCACAAUGGAGAGGCCGAAUGUGUUUGUCAAUAAAGGGACAAAAAGGAUUUUA